GAAAAAGCAAAAUUUAGACGCCUUUCAGUUUACUUUCAGUUACUGUAGCAUUCUGUAUAAAGAGAAAAAUGCCGGUUAAAGUAGAUUGUAGAGUGGGCGAUGCCGAUAAACACGAAUUUGACGUGAACUGUUUGUUAUUUCACCAAGGAAAACUAUAUAGCGGAUCGGAUGACGGUAAAAUAAAAGCAUGGUCAGCAGAUCUCAAGAAAAUCGCCGAAGUACAAUCCAAUCCUUGUUCUGUUCUAUGUCUAGCAGCAAACGAAAAUUCUUUGUAUUCCUCCUCGAACGAAGGCACUGUGAAAUCAUUUGAAUUAGACACGUUGAAGGAGAAAGCAAUUUUGGCGCAGGAUUCGCAAGCUGAAUAUUGGAAAGUUCGCUUUGCUGACGGUUGUUUAUACUCCGGAGAUCAGGAAGGAAACGUGAAAGUAUGGAAAGGAGAAACGGCAUAUGGGAAUCUAAACAUUUCCGAGCCAGUGAGAGAUAUGGUUGUUGAUAAAAAUUUAUUGUUUACGGCAAAUUUGGAUGUUAUUGUCACCGAGCUAAAAAUGGGAAGUGAACAUCUACAAUUUGGACUGAAGAAAUCAUUGACUGGAAGUCCGCCGAUAACAUUGAUUGGCAACAAAUAUUUCGCAUUUUUAACUCGGGAAGCUACAGACAUCAUAGUUCAUGAAAAUAAUGAUCACUUCAAUCAAGUUACAAGAACUCAGGGUGCUAGUGAAAAAAUAAUAAACGCUUUGGCAGGAGUAAAUUGGAACGACAAAUUUAUUCUCUUCAGCGGAGGCUGGGAUAAGAAUAUUAAGAAAUGGGUUAUAGAUGGAUCCAGUAUCAAGUUGGAAGCAACAGUUGAUGUAGACAUUAUUGUUAAUGCCAUUGCAGUGGGAGACAAAGGAGAAGUUUUUGCUGGAGGAAGCGAUGGGCACAUUGUUCGCGUAGAAGUUCAAUGAAACUUACUGAUUUAAAGCAUCUCAUAUGCUUCCCGAAUGAAGUCAUCUGUAUUAAUUAGUUUCGCUAAUUUCAUUUCAAUAUAACUAAUUUUUAUUUAGUUCUAACUGUGUCUUAUCAAUAAAAUUAUAGCAUUAGCAA